AUGGACGCGCGCAUUCACGCAUGCGUGCUGUUUCUAUUAUGUCUCCUUCAGAUAACUUUACCAUACAACAUAAGAAACCACCCAUGCUGUCUCGAACCAAACGAGAACCUCACCCUGGCAAUGAUCAUAGACGCAUUCGAAAUCUACGGACACGAUCCAACAGAUAAGCUGGAUAACUUGUGGCUCUACCAGAAUGAGAUGUUAAGGGUCAAGACUGCUGAGGAUCAGUACCUAAUCAACGAAAGAGUGCACAUAGCAACAGAUCAUUUGGGACGGUUUGUUAAAUUACACAUACAAGAACUAAAGGUAUUACUGAUCACAUUAGACGAUGUUAUAGACAACAUGCUAACGAUGUAUGAGAACCACAACUCUGUGGCUGCUGAACGCAAGGCUACUUACACUGGCGGCCCGGUACCUAUGGAGUUUUAUAUGAGCCAAGAAUUCUACUGUGGCAAAAACGUGUACAUCUUCAUGUCGGAGUUGUACAGCGACAUUUACAACAUGGGUCGAGGCGUUGCUCCCUACUGCAAAGACAGAUCAUUUGUCUUCCUCGGUUUCCUGCACUUCCAUGAUGAGACCAAGUACUACUUACUGGACGAUCCGAGCAUCUCCUUCCCAACUGACAACUAUUUACAUGGUUUGGAGUGCCAUAUGGGUAUUUGUGUGUUCAGGUUCCCAUUCAACAAGCUUCUCCAAAGAGUGCGAGACGUGUCCGCUCUUCCGAAGGCUAUAGUCAAAUGUGGAACCGAGAUGUAUAAACUGCCACCGCUGUCUGCUGCCUCCUGCAUCAUCACGUCGGGGUCUUUUAUUCUGGACUUCAAUAUACAAGGAGUCCGGUACAGACACUAUGACUAUUUGCUGACUAUACCCAACGGCCACACGUACUACACAAAGGAGCCUCACUCCCCUCUGAUCUGCGACCACCACGUCUGCGAAUGGAAUUACACCAACCAUUAUGGAGGACCUUUCCUAAUUCCUGGUGAUCCGGGAACCGGGAUUGAUCCAGUGCCCCCCUACAUAGAGCCUACACCAAAGCCAGAAGGAAAUCCCGAAGAAGAGAAUAUUACUGUCCCUUAUAUCCUGGACGGAUGCUUGUUCAUGUACCCGCCGAACUACGGUUCCAUCGCGGGCAAGAGCUACUUGGACACCAUCGACCUUCACGACGACAGGUUCACUUGCAACGCCGCCGGAGGGAACAAAGGUCUGUAUUGGUACCCACAAUGGAUGGGCGCAAUGCCCCACCACCCGUACCCCGCUAUGGGCGAAGAAAAGGAUGCCUUCGAGGCGCCCGGACCCUUCUACCCACACCAACAAGGAUACGACAUGGACGAACAGGACAUCGAAUAA